UCCCAUGUUCAUCCCUUUCAUUUAUUGAGUAUUUAUUUGAGUACUUAUUAUUUAUGUUAGUUGUUAGGAUAAUAAGCCUCUUUAUAUACUAGUACGUUUUUUUUUAUAUCUGUAGAAAUUAAUAUAUAACACAAAAAUACAGAGUACUAGUAUUUAUCUGUAAUAUCUUAAACAUGUUGGCUGUGUUUAGUAGCUCUAUCGUUUCGCCGCCGGACGAGCUGGUGGCCGCCGGGAGCCGGACGCCGUCGCCGAAGAUAACGUCGACGGCGCUGCUGAAGAGGUUCUUGGGGAGUGAUGCAUCAGCUGUGUCCAUGCAGAUUGGUGAUGAUGCUCAACUAGCUUAUACUCACAAUAAUCAGUCCGCUUUAAGGCCCAGGUCAUUUGCGGUUAAGGAUGAGAUAUUCUGCCUGUUUGAGGGUGCGCUAGACAAUUUAGGUAGCUUGAAACAACAAUAUGGACUUGGUAAGUCCGCUAAUGAGGUUGUUUUGGUGAUUGAGGCUUACAAGACUCUGCGUGAUCGCGCACCUUAUCCUCCUAACCAUGUUGUUAGCCAUCUUGAUGGUAACUUUGCCUUCAUUGUCUUUGACAAAUCCACCUCCACUUUGUUUGUCGCUGCUGAUCAAUCUGGUAAGGUUCCUUUGUAUUGGGGAAUCACAGCCGACGGCUAUGUUGCAAUUGCUAAUGAUUCUGAUUUGCUCAAAGGUGCCUGUGGCAAGUCACUUGCUUCUUUCCCGCAAGGGUGCUUCUUCUCAACUGAUAACGGAGAAUUGAGGAGUUACGAGAAUCCCAAGAACAAGAUCACUGCUGUUCCUGCCACUGAGGAAGAGAUCUGGGGUGCUAAAUACAUGGUGGAAGGGGUGCCGGUUCUUGCAGCAAUCAACAAGUAGAAGAGUUCCUGACUAAAGAAAGGGGUUGAGCUGGGGAGCCAUGUAGAUAUAGGUGUUUGAGAGCUUGUAACAUAGUUGUAGUGAAACUUUGGGCUGUGUUGAUUGCUUCUUUCAAUUAGUAGUGCUUUUCUUUUCUUUAAAAGAUCUGGUAGACACUCUUUUUCCUCCGUUAUCUUCAUCGUUGUAAAGAGAUGUGUUGUGUUUAAUAAAAGUAUGGAUCUUUUAAGUUUGGACUA